UGUCUGCUUGGAUGGGCGAGAUUGUUCAACCCAGGAUACAGUAAUCAGUCACAGCUGGCGACGUUUACGAACUCGCCUCUUUUUCCAAAGAUUUUUUUUUGUUGAUUUUUGGAGUACUGUGAUUGCGACCGCGACCUCUUCCUACCGCCAUGAGUUCCAAUUCAACCCUCAUAAUGGAUCAUCUCAAAGAGACCUUGCCAGCCGACCUAUUCGAUCCUGUGACCCUUUGGUCGCUUGGCUCGACCGUUGCGAUCCUGGUCGUGGCCUACGGCCUCUCGGUCGCGACGCUCGACAGCUCUAUCUCCAAAGCGCGCCGCUUCCUGUUCAUCUGGCACGCGUUCGAUGCCCUCAUCCACUUCUGCUUGGAAGGCAGCUUUCUCUACCACUGCUUCUUUUCCUGGAUGCCCCUGGGGAGCGUCUCGAAUCCUUCUGCCCUGGCCCCGACCGCCUAUAACUUCCUCGGUCAUACCAAUCGGGCCUAUGGCCCUCAGGCUGGUGGCGACGCGCCCAUGGCCCAGCUGUGGAUGAUUUACGCAAAGGCCGACCGUCGAUGGGGUGGCGCCGACUUGGCCGUCAUCAGUCUCGAGCUACUGACUGUCUUCAUCGCCGGCCCGCUGGCUGCUUAUGUCUCCUACGGUAUUGCGAAAAAGAAGGAGAGUGUGAAUGUUGUCAUGGUGGUCAUCGCGACUAUGGAAAUGUACGGCGGCUGGAUCACAUUCUGCCCAGAGUGGCUCGUCAUGAACUACAACCUUGACCUCAGCACCUUUAUGUACAAGUGGGUGUACCUCGUCUUCUUCAAUGUCCUGUGGGUCUUUAUCCCGCUCUACGCAUGCUAUGUUGGUAUCUCGGAUAUGAAUGACGCGUACGCUGUGAGGGCCAAGGUCAAUGCCGCGAAGAAGUCGAAGUAAAUUGGGUCUUACGCCCCGAAUAUCGAUAGAGGAAUAUAGUGGCGACAGGUUUGUGGUAGGGGGAUAUUUCCUCGUUGGAGCCAGGCGUCUCAAUUGAGUCAAUACCUAGAUAGCUCUUAUAUUUGGAUAUUUGAAUAAACAAAUAUGGCUGUUUACAUAGCAACCCAGAAGCGCCAGAUUUAUUCUUUAGGUUUAUUUUAUGUUGUUUUUCUUGGCUUUGCUAUUUUCCACUAUAUCUCCGUAGCCUUCACUAUAGUAGUCGGCGUUGGCGUGAACUCUACCUGC